UCCGAUUAUCUUAAACGACCGAUUAGUCCAUUGGAAUUGACCAACCGUAUUUUUGUCAUUAAACAAAAUUAACAAAUGCGAUUGGUCAAUUCUGAUGGAAUAAUCGGUCGUUUAAGAUAAUCGGAGAUGGUGAACUGACUCUUCUUAAAACUAGGGAUUUUUGGAAAUGUCAUUUUUGGAAGCAAAGAGAUAAUGCGCUUUUUGCCCAACUUCAGAAGGAUUCGAGUUUAGAAAAAUUUUGCUUCCACACAUAUUUACUGCUCGUUGAAUUAAUCGCUGAUUAAUCAGAGUUUAAUCAAAAUCGCUACUGGUACAAGAAAUUGCAUACUCCACAAUACGCAUUUAUUUUUCUCGCGGUUGUACGUGGCUCGAACUUUGACACGUAGAACGAUAAAAAAGGAUCGCUAUUACUUAUCGUUUCUUGUGCGAUUGCGUCAUAAGUGGAUCUUGAUGUUUACUUUGCUGAAGAGAAUGACGCAAAAUGGAUUUCCAGGCCGUUCUGCCCACGUUAACGGGUCCUACGAGGAUGCCAUAAAGACAUUAAGUCUUACUUUACAAAGUAAUGCCACUUAUUUGCAGUCUGCUAAGAAACAUGCAAAUGAUCCUGCAAAAUUGAAGGAAACAGAAAAAUAUUUACUCAGAUCUGGUAUUACUUUGGAUCAAUUAGAUAGUCUGUCUAUAAUCCAUGUGACUGGUACCAAGGGUAAAGGUUCGACAUGUGCGUUUAUAGAGGCGAUUUUGCGACAGCACGGCUUCAGCACAGGCUUCUUCAGUUCGCCGCAUCUGGUCUCCGUGCGGGAACGCAUUCGGCUGAACAGCGAGCCCAUCAGUCAAUCACAUUUUACUUGUUCCUUCUGGAACGUGUAUCGACGUCUGGAGCAGAAACGAGAACACGAAUCCGACAUGCCGACGUACUUCAAGUUCCUAACAAUUCUUAUGUUUCACGUGUUCCUAGAGGCAAAUGUUGACGUGGCGAUUAUUGAGGUGGGAAUCGGCGGCGAAUUAGAUAGCACUAAUAUCCUACAGAAUCCGGUUUGCGUGGGUGUGACGAGUCUGGGUCUGGAGCACACCUCGCUGCUGGGCAACACCUUGGAGGAGAUAGCUUACCAGAAAUCGGGAAUCUUCAAACCGCACGCGGCAGCUUUUACGGUGCCGCAGCCGGAGCAGGCGAUGCGCGUUCUACGAAAACGAGUUGUGGAAAGAAGAUGUCGGGAUUUAAAUGUAGUUUCGAUCCAAGAUUGUGAAUGGAAUGAUGUCUUCUCUUUGGUAGGUAUCGACAUUAGUAGUGUGCAGCGACAGAAUGCUUUGCUGGCAAUCAGCAUGGCAUUCGAGUGGAUAAAAUCGCGUUACAAUCAAUCUAUUACAAACGGCAAGUACAUCGGUGAUCACAAUAUCCGAAACGGCAAGGAUGAUUUUUCACAAAUAAUUUCUCUAAAUAAAGUCACGACUGCAUUGGCAAGCUGUAAAUGGCCUGGUCGGACGCAGAUUCUGAGGACCAGCGUGGCGGAUUUCUUUCUGGAUGGUGCUCACACGAUUGAGAGUAUCGUUAAUUGCGUUUCGUGGUUCAAGAGAGUCAGUCGAGAAAGUUCCAGUAAGUGCUUGAUAUUCAAUAUCAGUGGCGACCGGAAUUCCCUGGAAUUUUUAAAGUUGCUGAGACCUUUGAAUUUCGAUAGAAUUUAUUUUGCUCCAAAUUAUGCCGGAGUAACUAGCGUGGAGGAUUUAUCGAACUACGCGUUAAUCGAUGAGCAGAAAAAGAAAUGUAAGAAGUACAGCGAGUUGUGGGGCGAGGGUUCGGUGUCGAAGAAUAGCGUCGCUGAGGUGUUGCAUGACAUUAAGAAGCACGUAUCGUCGCGGACGGAUAGUCAAGAUAAAGUAGAAGUACUUGUAACGGGAUCCCUACAUCUGGUCGGCGCAUUAUUGACUAUUCUAGAUCCCAAUUUGACAAUGACCAGUGAUUUUUAAUGUAAUGUAAAAUAAGAGUAAAAUUCGAUUUGUAAAAGUGCUUUGUUAAGACGCUGUAAUGAUAAGCUGUCAUGAAAAAGCAAUUCUUGUGAGAAAUACGAAAUCUAACAAAUAUCAAUAUACAUAUAUGUGCAAGAA